CGAGUUUUGUAGUAUGUUGCAAGUUCGAUUCAGUUCAGUUUCGCUUCGGUUUCCGUUGAGGAUUUACGUCCUCCACCUCCACCAAUUCAUAUCCAACAACAACAACAAAAAAAAAGUGUCAUAAAUAUAAAGUCAUCAUCGUUACAAAGUUUCAAGAAGAUUAUCCAACAAAAUUGUGAAAUAUAGAAGAUGAUUCCAACGGAGGAAUCGACGCUCGUCUUCUUCGUCAACGGAAAAAAGGUUUCGGACAAUCAGGUGAAUCCAGAAUGGACGCUGCUCGAAUACUUACGUAAAAAGCUUCGAUUAUGUGGGACGAAGUUAGGUUGCGGGGAAGGAGGUUGCGGUGCCUGCACGGUGAUGGUCUCCAAGUACGACAGAGAAAAUCGGAAAGUCAACCAUUUACCGGUUAACGCCUGUUUGGCACCAGUAUGUUCCAUGCAUGGACUGGCUGUUACUACUGUAGAAGGUAUAGGUUCGACGAAGAAACGUCUUCAUCCGGUGCAAGAGAGGAUAGCCAAAGCUCACGGUUCCCAAUGCGGAUUCUGCACUCCGGGCAUCGUCAUGUCCAUGUACACUUUACUCAGAAACAUGCCGAAACCUUCAAUGAAAGAUCUCGAGGUUGCCUUCCAAGGUAAUCUGUGCAGAUGUACAGGUUACAGACCUAUCAUUGAAGGCUACAAAACCUUCACGGAAGAUUGGGAACUGAUGCAGCAGAAUGGGCAGAUGACCAAUGGUAAUGGAUGUCCCAUGGGCGAGGAAUGCUGCAAGAAGAAGAAGCAGAAGGAUCCGGAAGAAGUCCUUUUUGAAACUUCAGAAUUCACUCCGAUGGAUCCAAGCCAGGAGCCGAUUUUUCCACCGGAAUUGAAGGAAUCCAACGCGCUCGACUUGCAAACCCUUUACUUCAAGAACGAAAACGUCAUCUGGUUCCGUCCGACGCAUAUUAAGGAUCUUCUGGAGCUUAAACACUCUCAUCCAGACGCGAAAAUCAUCGUUGGAAACACCGAGGUCGGAGUCGAAGUUAAAUUCAAGCACUUCUUUUAUCCAACGUUGAUCAAUCCAACUUCAAUACCCGAAAUGGUUGACUUUGAAGUAACAUCUGAAGGAGUCACCUUAGGAGCUUCGUUGACGCUGCAACAAAUGGAAAUUAAUUUAAGGCAACUGAUAAGACAUGAGGUUAAGCACAAAACGCGCAUCUUUCAAGCAAUCGUUGAGAUGCUCCAUUGGUUUGCUGGUAAGCAAAUUCGAAGCGUCGCCGCAAUCGGUGGUAACAUCAUGACUGGAAGUCCCAUAUCGGAUUUAAACCCAAUCUUUAUGGCAGCCAAAAUCGGUUUGAAUUUGCAAAGCAAAAGUAGUAAACGGACGGUGAAGAUGGAUGAGCAUUUCUUCACCGGUUACAGAAGAAACAUAGUUGAUCCAACCGAAAUCCUCGUGUCAAUAAACAUACCAUUCACUAAACCGUCUCAAUUUUUUUACGCGUACAAACAAGCUAGGAGAAGAGAUGAUGAUAUAGCUAUUGUUAACUCAGCUAUUAAUGUUUCUUUUGAUGAUAACCAACUAAUUGAGAACAUCGAUUUGGCUUUCGGUGGGAUGGCUCCAACUACGGUUUUAGCUUUGAAGACUAGUAAACACUUGAGAGGUCUUCCUUGGAAUGAGGAGACUUUGGAGAAAGCUUACGGAUUCCUGAUGGAAGACUUACCGCUGCCGCCAUCCGCUCCAGGUGGUAUGAUUCAAUACCGUAGAGCUCUUCCUCUGAGCUUCUUCUUCCGUAGUUAUUUGAGGAUAACUCAAGAUUUGUAUGGGGCGGUUGUAGAUCGAAGAGACUUGAGCGCUUUGCAAGGUUUCCAUUAUACCGUCCCAAAAAGUUCCCAAUAUUUCCAAGUGGUUCCAGAGACGCAGCAGAAGACGGACACUGUUGGAAGACCAAUUCCUCACCUUUCCGCCUACAAGCAAGCCGCCGGUGAAGCUAUUUACUGCGACGACAUCCCUUACUUUGAGAACGAACUCUACUUGGCCUUCGUUUACAGCACGAAAGCGCACGCUAACGUCCUCAGCAUCGAUCCUAGCGAAGCUCUAGCUAUGACUGGUGUCGCCGGCUUCAUUUCAGCUAAAGAUUUGAAAUACAACCAGGUAGGUCCGGUGAUGCACGAUGAGGAGAUAUUCAUUAGCAAAACCGUGACCAGUCAAGGACAGUUCAUCGGUGCUAUUGUUGCGGAAGAUCAGACAACGGCGCAAAGAGCUGCAAGGAAAGUUAAAGUGGAGUAUAAAGAAUUGGAUCCAAUUAUCGUUACCAUCGAAGAUGCCAUCAAACAUAAAUCGUUUUUCUCGGGAGUCGAUCGUAAGGUUGCCAAUGGCGACGUCGACGAGGCUUUAAGGAACGCUCCUCACAUCAUCGAAGGUGAUUGCAGGAUCGGUUACCAGGAGCAUUUCUACUUGGAAACGCAAUGCACUGUUGCUGUUCCGAAGAAAGAGGACGAUGAAUUCGAGAUUUACUGCUCCACUCAGAAUCCUUCUGAAGUUACGACGGAGGUUGCUCGAAUUCUGGGCGUUCAUCAAAACAGAAUAGUAACAAAAGUGAAACGGUUAGGUGGUGGUUUCGGAGGGAAAGAAUCGAGGGCUGCCAUGAUUGCAGUCCCAGCAGCUGUCGCCGCUUCCAUUUACAAUCGACCAGUAAGAAUUAUGUUGGAUCGUGAUGAAGACAUGAUGAUCUCAGGCGGAAGACAUCCAUUCCUCUUCAAGUACAAAGUCGGUUUCGACGAUGAUGGAAGAUUACUUGGAUGCGACAUGGACAUCUACAACAACGCAGGAUACUCUAGAGAUCUAUCAAUAGCUGUGAUGGAACGUGCUCUGUUGCACUUCGAAAACUCUUACAAAAUCCCGAAUGCCAGAGCUGUUGGUUACGUGUGCAAGACGAAUUUACCGUCGAACACUGCCUUCAGGGGUUUCGGAGGACCGCAGGCGAUGUUCGUCGCUGAAACCAUCCUCAGAGAGGUUGCUGAGUAUCUAAUGAAGGAUGUUGUAGAAGUGGGUAGAUUGAAUUUGUAUGCUGAGAACGAUGUUACGCCGUCCAGACAAACCUUGACCAAUUGCACGUUGAGCAGGUGUUGGGAUGAAUGUAUACAGAGCUCGGAUUACGCCAGAAGAAAACGGAUCAUAGAUGAGUACAAUAAGGAAAACCGGUGGAAGAAACGUGGUAUAUCAGUCGUACCCACCAAAUUUGGAAUAGCCUUCACUCUUCCAUUCCUGAACCAAGGUGGAGCUUUGGUGUUGAUCUACCGGGAUGGCUCUGUCUUGAUCAGCCACGGAGGAACGGAGAUGGGACAAGGGUUGCAUACAAAGAUGAUCCAGGUUGCGAGUAAAGCUCUUGGUAUUCCCAUCUCGAUGAUCCACAUCGUCGAAACGGCCACAGAUAAAGUACCUAAUACUUCUCCUACCGCAGCCAGCGCCAGCUCGGAUCUGAAUGGAAUGGCUAUUCUGGACGCUUGCAAUACCAUCAAUGAAAGAUUGAAGGUGAUUAAGUCGAAUAAUCCCAAUGGGACGUGGGAGGAGUGGAUCAACGCUGCGUACUUCGAAAGGAUCAGCUUAUCAGCGACGGGUUUCUACAAGACUCCUGGUCUUGGUUACAGCUGGGAAACGAAUUCCGGAAACGCCUUCAAUUAUUAUACUUGCGGAGUAUCCAUUACGGAAGUCGAAGUGGAUUGCUUGACUGGAGAUCAUCAGGUCUUAAGAACUGACAUUGUCAUGGACUUAGGUGAUAGUUUAAAUCCUGCAAUUGAUGUUGGACAAAUCGAGGGUGGAUUCAUGCAGGGUUACGGAUUAUUCGUCAUGGAGGAGAUGAUGUACUCUCCAACUGGAACGAUAUUCACGAGAGGUCCGGGCGCCUACAAGAUCCCCGGUUUCGGAGAUAUUCCUUCCGAAUUCAACGUAUCUUUGCUGAAAGGAGCAUCGAAUCCCAGGGCCGUGUAUUCUUCGAAGGCUGUAGGAGAACCACCCCUGUUUCUCGCAUGUUCGGCCCUUUUCGCCAUUCGGGAAGCGGUAAAAUCUGCAAGGAUCGACGCCGGUCUUGAGGGACCCUUCAAGUUGGACGCACCUGCGACAGCUGCAAAGAUUAGAAUGGGAUGCCAGGACCAAAUCACAGCGAAGCUCGACGUACCCAAACCCGGUAGCUUCGUGCCUUGGAACGUAACGGCAUAAUCAAAUAAUUAUAAAUUAACAUACUCCUAAAAACAAUGUAAAAAAUCUCAUAUA